AUGAUCACUCAUCGCCAAAAGCAAUUUGGCAUCAUAGCCUUUGCUAUCAUUUUCCUUAUCAUUCUCGAAUACAACAUCCACCAGAAUGUGCGGGCGCGCCUCAUCGCAGAAAAACCCGUCCAAGAUGAUCAUUCAAAUGACCCCCUUGAGCAGCUGCUUGCCUUCAGUACAACGACUGGGACGACCUCUUCCGAGUCUAGCACGGCUACAGAUUUCUACGACCACCUCAAAGCUAUAGUAGCAUCACUCGUCGAGGCAGGUGUAAUCGACAUUCCUGAUACAUCGACUGAGACAGCCAGUGCGCCCGAUCAGACUUUAGUAGGCCAUACCGUAGCGCCAGUCGAGACAAGCACUUCCAACUACCUUCCCGACUUCCUGAAUCUCGUUCAAACGACCUCGACAGAGUUGUCUCUUCCAACAGAGUUAUCUCUUCCAACAGAGUUGUCUCCUCCGACAGAGCUGCCUCUCCCGACAGACUUGUCUCUUCCGAAAGAGGUUAUGAGCAUACAAUGGGAAGAUUCCGAUUGGCAGGGUAAUGACCAGAUUCCGACGGCUGCCCUAUUGGAUGAAACACCAACGCAGUCGCCCUCUUAUGCCAUAAUAUCCCAGUUGUCCUUCGAAACUGUUGAGCCAGAGCCUCAAGAUUACCAGUACAGCCGCGCCUUGGUGAUUGCACGCACUACCAAAGAGGACAUCUCGUGGAUCGACGAGGCUUUUGGAGACGACCCACUUCUGGAAAAGGCAAUCUACACGGUGGAUAAUCCGGUGGAGCCAUACAUCUUACCGGCGAAUAAGGGCCAUGAAGUGAUGGCGUACCUGACGUUUAUUAUCGACUUCUAUGACGACUUACCAGAUAUCUCGAUUUUCAUGCAUGCUCAUGCGGCGGCAUGGCAUAACAAUGAACUCCUUGAAAUGAGCUCAGCUGAAAUGCUCAAGCACAUGAACAUCCGGAAAGUCAUUCGCGACGGAUAUGUCAACCUCCGAUGCCAUAGAUAUCCAAGCUGCCCGGACCAUCUUUUCCCAAUUGCCAAGAACAACAGUGAGGCGUCAAUCCCCGAGGAGGCCGUCUUCGCCGACGCGUGGAAGGAGAUCCUGCCAUUCGAAGAUGUGCCGGAAGUGGUGUCGCAGCCAUGCUGUGGGCAGUUCGCCGUGUCGCGGGAACGCAUCCGGUUGAUACCUAGAGCGCAGUACGAGCACUUCCGCCGGUGGCUGAUGUACACGACGCUCGAGGACCGGGUGUCGGGGCGGGUGUGGGAGUACAUCUACCAGUACAUCUGGCUCGGGGUGCCGCAGCUGUGUCCCAAGGAGCACGUCUGCUACUGCGACCUCUACGGCGUGUGCUUUGGCGGCGAGGCGUACUACGAGGACUACUACGCGAAGAAGUCGCACGUCGACGUGCUGGAGCGGCUGAGCAACGCGCAGGUCGAGGCGGGCGGCAACAAAACCUGGCCGGUAGACUACGUAGAGCUGGUUUCGACGGCGCAAGAGGCGGUCAAGGCUGACUUGCGCAACGCCUUCCUGAGAGGCAGCGACCCGUACAACCGCGCGGUGGAAGUGGAGAGGCCCUUCAAGCCUGGCGAUGGCUUUUAG